GUAAUGCGUCAGUUGGAUGUUUACAAGCUGCCACGCACAAAGAAGAAAACGUGAGCUCGAAUGUAGGCUAACCCUUAUAGCUACAAGAUAAUUUAGAACAACUAGGUAAUGUUGGUUUGAUCAGCAUCCUACUUGUUUUAGCAAAUCAGCGCAGCCCGGAUCGUUUUUAUUUAUUUAAAGGAGAAAUUCGAGACCUUGCGAUAGUGGCCAUGGAGGUGGAUGAGUGUGAGGUGGAGACAGUGACGAUUAAAAACAAUGGAGAGAUAAAAAUCGAAACAGAACAUCUGUUCGAAUCCAACGAUAAUACCGCUCUGUUCACGAAUGAAGUACCCAGGAAGAUGAGGCGGUGUGAAAACAUCCUAGACUCUCCUACUCUUAAAAAAAAGCCUGUGGUCCUCUUGACAAGACUCCCUGAAAACACAGUCAGCGCCCUCCAGCCGCCAACACCUCAGCAGUUCUACAGUGAAGCCGAGUCCCGCGGCAGCUCGGAUUCCGACAUGCUGUGGGAACCGGGAGAGGAUUCUGAUGAUUCAGAUUUUGUAGCCUCGGGGAAAAAAAAGAAAAAUUUUAAAAACACUAAAAGUAUCCUGAAGAGAGUUUCUUCACCAGUGAUGAAAAAUAACAGCAGCAACUCCAACAACAGCAACAAGAUUGCUGAGAGCGGGCCCAUUAUUGUGUCAUCUGCAUUUGCCCAUUCCUCUAACGAAACCACCAAGGUCCGCCCUGAUUUGCCAGAGGUAGAGGUCACAGUAGACAUGAUGGUCCUGGCCAGAAGAAGAGCCAUGAGGUGGCAACGAGGAAAGAUCGUGGAGAUUGUUGCAAGGGAAGAUGGACGAACAAAGUACAAGGUGUGUUUUGAUGAGAAAGGGAAGAGCCUUGUGUCGGGUCACCACAUGGCCUUCGCGGAUGCACCCAAGCUAGAGCAGCUUUAUGUGGGUGCCCGUGUUGUCAUUCAGUCUCCAGAUGAUGCACAAUGCUUUCAGCCUGGUAUCUUGUCUGAGCUCCCCAGCAGAAAGAACCGCUUAAGGUUCUUGGUGUUUUUGGAUGAUCACACGUCACUUUACGCAAGCUUACCUUCAGUUCACCUUGUCUGCAGACCACUGGAAGAUAAUUUAGACGAUAUCCCAGACAGCCCUCACAAGUGUUUUAUGAAACAGUAUCUGAAGAACUGGCCGUACCCACAUCUGACUCACUAUAAGGAAGGUCAGAGCAUUAAUGUCGAGCUAAAUGGGAGCCUCCAGGUGUGCACCGUAGAAGUGGUGGAUUGCAGCUUGAUUCAAGUUGUUUUUCAGGAGGGUGGAGAAAAGGAGUGGAUCCACCGGGGCUCCGUACGGCUUGAACACAUGGCCAAGUUCCUGCAGCUAAAAGAGAAAGAAGACGAAGAAAAGGAUAACUCCGAGUCCUAAAAAUGUAAACUUUAGUGUAGGUUGGUUGUAGACGGGGGGAAAAAAACUCAAGAAUACAAAAAAAUAAUAGUUUCUCAUAAAAGAACUAUCGCAGCCCUUUAUGUAAACUUGAUCCCUGAUGAAACACAUUAGCCGGCCACAUUUUUCUUUUCUUUACCCAAUUUUUCCUCUGACAUGUACACAGAUUCUUUUAUUUGGUGAAUCUUUGAACUGUAAAAUAUAUUUCAAUAUCAUUAAACAGGCAAACUUAAAGAAUCAGUUGUGUGAAAAUAUCGUCUUACUUGGUUUAGUUGAAGCAAUGUGGCAGCCCAAGCUUCUGUAAUGCAUUUAAAAAGCCCAUAUGAUGCUUCUUCACUGCAAGUGUACAUCGUUGCUUUAAGUAAAAUUCUUGUCAUGACAUUUUUUCUGUAUUCUUUUUUUUUUUAACUAUUGUUAAAAGGAUUUUAUUUUUGUAGCAUACACGUUAUACCUGCAGUAAUUAGUUUGUUCAUCUGAAAUUCUUAAUUACAGCGUGAAUGUUCUUUCAGAAUAUUUGGCUUGACUUUUCUGUCUUCCUGUGAAUUGAGAUUAGCUUCAUUUUUAACAUUCUGUCAUUCACUUGUUUUACUUUAAAAUGAAAAAUAUUAAACUUUACAAUUUGUUUUUGAAA